AUGUAAAUAUGUUACUUGAGAAAUAAAAUUUUAAAUUUCUAAAAAGUGAAAUGACACAAAACAAAUGAACCUAAAUAUAUCUCAAAUUAGUGGAAUAAUUUUGUGAAGAAGAACUAUCUGGUUCUUCUCUCAUAUUUUCGCUUCCCUCCAGCCUUUGCCAUCAGAAUGGCUGACCCUAAGCCUGCAACAGAUUAAAGUUUCUAACAGUCUCCAUGGCAAAGCAGAAACCCACAUUUCCCAUGAAAGAUUAAUGGGAUGUCUUCCAACAAAAACCAAGAUCUCAUUUCUUUUUUCUUCUUCUUCCUUUUUGAGACAAAGUCUUGCUCUGUCACCCAGGCUGGAGUGCAAUGGCGUGAUCUCAGCUCACUACAAACUCCUCCUCCUGGGUUCAAGUGAUUCUCCUGCCUCAGCCUCUUGAGUAGCUGGGAUUACAGGUGCACACCACCACGCCCACCUAAUUUUUGUAUUUUAGUAGAGACGGGGUUUCACCAUGUUGGCCAGACUGGUCUCGAACUCCUGACUUCAUGAUCUGCUCACCUCGGCCUCCCAAAGUGCUGGGAUUACAUGCGUGAGCCACUGUGCCUGGCCGAUCUCAUUUAUUUUCUGCCUUGUUUACCAAAUAAUUAUUUUCUUCAUUUAGGUUCCUUCUUCCUUUCUCUUCUCAGCAUCCUUAAGACCACAAGUGAUGUUUGCAGGCUUCUCUCUUCUAGGAAUGUCCAAAGUCGGGUACCUUGGAAAAUGUUAGUUCCAAAGACACAAAUAGGAACUUUUCAAAGAAAGAUACUUUCAGCUAGAGAUAGAGAGCCCUUGACUAUAGGAACCAGAAUUAAUUAACCACAGAAAGAGUAGGAAAGCUUCUGAAACUGUAGCAGACCAGUAGGGAGGUAAAGAAGAGUGCAGUGCAGGUCAGGACCAAAUAAAAUGACAGCAAAGAUCAGUAACACAACAGUGACUGACUAGUUGCCCACACUGGGGGAAAAUAUACAGUUUCUGGCUAGAAGGGUUGAGUGGUUAAAAUGAGAAGCACUCUUGUAUAAUACAUCUGUGCAUAUGUGCUUACGCUUCUAGUUAUCUCAGGUCAGGUUCUCUUGAAGUUGAGGGCAAGGUGGUAAUUUGGGUUCAAUACCUGUGAAAGGAAAGGAGAGGAAGCAGAAUUGAUCAGAGGAAGAAGAACAACUAUGAUAAGGGCUCAACACAGCUUUGACCAACCUGAUGAGAAAUGACUGGUCUUGAUACCAAUCACCUGACAUAGGCUACCCUGGAAAAGGCUUGACCUCAGGCAGAGGAGGCAGCUCUCUGCAGCUAAAGCAGUCACUGAAAGUGCUGACAGCUGGACGCUGUCUGCUGACAAUCCUUCCCCCAGCUGGGCUACAAGCCCUUCCUUGAAAGGGAACCUAUCUGGGUAGCACAUCUCUUUGCCUACCAUAAGCCUACUGUAAGCCUUUUCAGAGUUAAUAUAGUGUUUUUCUUUUAAUUAUCAACAUGUAAAAGGUAUUACAUUUACAGUAGAGAACUCCAUAUAUUUAGUGUUGAAUACAAAAUUACUGUUAGAAUUUAUCUUCAAUGGAUUAUCAGGUGGUCAAUAUAUUUCUGUGCAAGCUAGGAUUACUGUUCAUACAUUUAUUCAUCCCACAAACAUCUAUUAACUAUUUAUUGCAUACCAGUCUCUGGAAAUUGAAAUAUAAAUAAGUAUGCUUUUAUUAUAAACUCCUAGAAGUCAGAGUCUAGUGGGGAGGUCAAUAAAAUAGACAAAUAAUUAAUGUGGUGAGUUAAAAAGAUAGGUCUAAACACAGUGCUGUAGAGGUUGAAGGGACACGAAGAAGAAAGCACUUAGCUGUGCCUGCAGACAUCCUCCUAGAAGAGCGGAUGUGACAUUGGCUGUCAGAGGACAAGAAAUAUUUGCAUAGCAACAUUACAGGAAGAGCAAAUUGUAUGUGUAGAGGCUCAGAACUAUGAAAAAGCAUUGCACAGAUUGAGAACCACAAAUAAAUUGACAGACCCAAGGACAAGCAGUGUUUAAGGAGGGAUUGAAAUAUGAGACAAAAUAUAUCUAUAUAUAUUUGUGUGGGUAAUUAUCUCAUUUAUUUGUUAUUUUUUUACUGUAUUUUAUCUUGCCAGUGUUUGUCAAAUAUAUUUAACCAUGGUUUGUGGGGGAUCUUUGUUUGUUUUUUGCUCCAACACAUUUCUGCAAGACAUUCUUUGUGAAAUGUUGAAAGACAGUGGUGAUUGAGCCUACCGGGUGAUCUGAGACAUAAGCACAUACUGGCUCUAGUACCUGAACAAGUGUGUUUUAACUUGAUGUGGACAAAUAAGGAAAAGUUACUACUGGAUGCAAGUUCUGGGAAGGCUAUAGCAGUAUCUCUAUGCGCUUGGAGAUUGGAACGCAGAACUCUGCUAAGAGGAACAUUCUAUCUCCCUGUCAAAGAGUCCUUAGCAACCACCUGGUUCAGGUCACAGGCAGGGAGAGGAAGGACUGCAGAGUCUUUUGUUCUUUCUGUGCAGCUUAACUGAUUUGAAGACGCUGAAGAAGAAAAUCCAGUAGUACAGUUAAGACUUUAGCCAUGGCAUCUGUAUCGUGCCAAAAGCCAACAUCUACUACUGUGGGAAAACAAAUGAUUUUUACAGGUCCAGACUAUGUAAAGGAUUAUUUGCCCAAAGUUCAUCAGCACACUUCCUAUGUAGGAGAACAGCAUCCAGCAUUAGAAAAAACUGGAGAUCUCAGAUAUUUAUGGAGGCCUGCCUUGAAUGGAAGCUUCCCAGCAAAAUAUAAACAUGAGUACGUUGGUGAAAUUGGUUGGGGAGUAACACAGUAUAAUUUUAUCAACAAAUCAAGACUGGAGAGUGGCUUUCAUAUCAAGUAUGCAGAACUAAGUCAAGCUUCUCUUGAUGCAAUAACCCACAGAUAUCAAAACCCAUGGCAACCAAAACCUCAUGUCCUGGAUAUGCAAGGAAAACACAGUCGUGCCUCUUUUGCCUGGUGUAUGAGUGAUUUCGAGGACACUGAUCGGAGGAAUUCCAGGUGGGCUACUCUCGUUAGGCAGAGUAAGUCACCAACGCCAAGAGCUUCCGAGCCGUCUAAGCUGCCGAGGCUACCAAAAAAGGAAAAGGUUUGACCUCGAGAUAACAGCCAUCCCUGUGAUUUCCAAGAACCAAGAAAGCAUUGUUUGUGAAAUGGAGGUAAAUAGGUAACUCCCCUCAAAACCCUCACAGACUGGUUCACAGAGCAAACUUACACCCGUUUGAAUGCUAGGAUUUCCCUUGAACUACUUAUGGAAUCGUGGGCAAGCUGCCUAAUUUCCUGGAUGGGUUUUUAGAAGUAAAAUGGGGAUUUUGGUAUCUGUUCUGAAUAUCUUACAGAGUUAGGAGGAGAAUUAAGUAAAGAAUGUGGAUGUAUAUAUUCAACAACUAUUUCCUGAGGUCUGUGUACAAACCAUUCACCAAUAGCUUUCUGCCUAAUCCCACAUCACAAUGAACUUUGCAGGCGUCUAGUUUUCUCAAUAGAGUUUGACAGCAAAUUUCCAUGAUAGAAAGAGGAAUCGAACCACUCAGGCCCAUUCAGAGACUCCUGUUCCCCACACGUAGAAAGACUUCUUGCUCUUUUGGAGAAUCUUGCCAACUCACUAGAAUAUUACUCACCCUCUGUUGCCAGAGAUCUGAUUCAUUAGCAAGUAAUUAUGUCUACUCGAGACAUUCUGUGCAGGAGGGAGACUUAGUUGUCUGCCUCAGUAGAUGCUGACCUUAGGAAUAGUUCAUAUUGAAAAAGGGAACAGUUCAACAAAUAACAUUUCUAUGUAGUCUGAAUUUUGGGACAGGUCCAAAUGAAAUGGUUUAUUGCAGUGUGUGGAGGAGGGCUUGGAUUAGUUACUCUCUGUCACUGAACUAAUUUUGUGUCAGAUUAGAGCUAUUAUGGAUUAAAUUAUCCCAAACGCCUCUAUCAUUCACCAAAUCCAGUUGGUAUAUUUUUUGCAUUAAGAAAGUCUGUUAAAAGACUUCUUAUUUUGAUUUCAAAUUUGUAGAGCAAGUUGUAACAACAGCACAAAUAACUCUUGAUAUACUCUUUCCCCAGCCCCAUCUGUUGUUCAUUUUAUUUGCUUUAGUGUUUGCUUUCUUGCACUCUCUCUCUUGCACCAUUUGAGGUCAAGUUGCAGACAUGAUGCCCCCCCCAACUUCUCUUGUCUUUUUUUUAAAGAGUGCAGUGGCUACUCAAUGGGCACAACCACAUUGCACCACAGCCCUGAACUCCUGGGCUCAAACCAUCCUCCCACCUCGACCUCCCAGGUAGCUAGGACUAUAGGCACAGACCCUGUGGAUUAAAUGGUCUACAGCCUAGACCCUUCACUCCUAAAUAUUUCAGGGUGUAUUUCCUAAGAACAAGGACACUCUCCCACAUAACCACAGUACAAUGUAUAAGAUUCAGGAAAUUUAACAUUGAUACAGCAUAUUAUUACCUAAUCUAAAGUUCAUAGUCAUAUUUUCUUAAAUAGCAGAUAGUGGUGGUUUGCACCUAUAAUCCCAGCACUUUGGGAGGCUAAGGUGGAAGGAUCACUUGAGCCCAGGGGUUUGAGAGCAACCUGGGCAACAUAGUGAGACCCUGUCUCUAUGAAAAUAUAAAAAAUUAGGCAGGUGUGGUUGUACGUCUGUAAUCCCAGCUACUCAGGAGGCUGAGGUGGGAGGUUUGCUUGAGCACAAACCUUCAAGUCUGCAGUGAGCUAUGAUUUCGUCACUGCACUCAGCCUGCACGACAAAGAGCCCAACUGUCUUAAAUAAUAACAGCAACAACAAGGUACUCACUGAUAACCUUUGUUAUAUCCUGAUCCAGGAUUCAGUCUAGGACCAUGUAUUACAUUUAGUUAUCACGUCUCUUCAGUCUCCUUCAAUUUGGAAGAGUUCCUCAGUCUGGUCUUUCAGAACACGGACAUUUUUGAGGAAUGUAAAUGGGCUUGUCUGAUGUUUCCUCGGGAGUGGGUUCAGGUUAUGUGUUUUUGUCAGGAAUCCCAGAUAAGUGAUGUAGCUUUGUGCUCAGUGCAUCACAUCAAGAGGCACCUGAGGCUGGUUUAACCCAUUAUUCAUGAGAGUUAGUUGAGCAUUUGGUCAUACUCCCUUCCAUCCAUUCCAGAAAUGAACAACAUACUGAAUCAUUCAAAAUAAUUUCUCUUUUUUUGUUUUUGAGAUGGAGUUUCGCUCUUGUUACCCAGGCUGGAGUGCAAUGGUGCAAUCUUGGCUCACCGCAACCUCCACCUCCUGGGUUCAGGCAGUUCUCCUGCCUCAGCCUUCUAAUAAUUUCUCUUUUUAUCAAUGAGGCUUUCUUCUAAAUUUCCAGAGAUACAUUAGAUACUUGUCACACAAGUUCAUUUUUUGGACUAUCCUGCAGAGUUUGUGUGGAUGCUUCAAUAAAUACUCAAUCCCUCUUUUACAUGAAUCCACUUCAGGGAAAAUAAAUUGGAACAAGUGCUCUUAUAUAUUCAAGAGCAAAUAAUGAAUACCACAUGUGAAAAGCCUCCAACGCAAUGCCUCACACAUAGCCGCCAAUGAGUGGCUAUCAUUAGUACUCUUACUUGAGAUGCCAACACAUUUUCCAUUCUUAAGCUGCAAGAAUCAGAACCAUGCACUGAAAGCCUCUAAAAAGUAGAAAUUUGUCUGUGUUACUGGGCCACUUGGGGGGAUUUUAAAAGCUUAGACCUAUAGACAGUAUCACAAGCUUUCUUAUCAAAAUAGAUGGUUGAAAAGGGAGAUAUUGUAUAUUGAUGCUUUUGAGUUUGGUUUUCCAUUUAUAAACUUAAGUUUAGAGAGCUUAAUUAUGGUGUUUCUAAAAACUACAAUUUAGGGGAUUUAACAGGAUUCUUGUAUACAUUCACCCAAAAAUGUUCUUGUAAAUGCUUUUGGAAAUUCGUCAAGUCUCUAAACUGCUUUUUCUAUAAUGUCCCAAAUCUCUCUUUUUAAAUCACAAAAUGUUUCUUAAGUUCUAUCUUCUAUUCCAUUCAUUAUUUUCCCCUUCUGGAUUUCUGAUAGUUUUUUUCCUUCAUAUAAUAGCCACCUCAGUGUUGUAAAAUGUAUGUACAUGUGAUAGACACUUUUAACGUAAUUCAGUUCUUUGCUGGCAAAUAUUCUCGUUGUCUCCCUUCAUUCCAAUACAUGAACUUCAGUCUCAAUGAUUGAUACAUUCUUUUCCUCAUCCACUCGAGUUUGAGAGCAGUCAUCUUACAUUUUAAAGGUCAUACGCAUCAACGGGGAAUCAUGUUAAGUUGCAAAUUAUGAUUCAGUAGGUCUGAAACGGGGUUUGAGGUUUUGCAUUUCUGUCAAGCUCCCAGGAAGUGCAGUUAGUUGUUGCUGGUGUGGGGACCUUGAGUAGCAAGGUGCUGGAGGACUGACGAUGAAUUGAAUUUUGUGCUAGGAACAGGGGGGACUUGAUGAGGCAAAGGGAAGAGGGAAUGGGGAUGGGGGUUUGAUGAGGCAAAGGAAAGUCUAUUCUAGGAAGAAUACACUUAACAGGGCAAAGACAAUGAUAACCUAGCACCUCUGGGGAAGUAUAUGUGGUUCAAUGUGGCUGAAGAUAGAACACAGGAGUAUCCGGUGAUGAGGCUGGAGAAGAUGAAUCAGCUGGGUCAUUUGAGUGCCGAGGGCUGGGCUGACUUUUAUAUUUUUGAGAUGGAGUCUCUGUUGCCCAGGCUGGAGUGUAAUGGUGCGAUGUUGGCUCACUGCAGCCUUCACUUCCUGGGUUCAAGUGAUUCUCCUGCCUCAGCCUCCUGAAUAGCUGGGAUUACAGGUGCGCACCACCAUGCUCAGCUAAUGUUUGUAUUUUUAGUAGAGACAAGGUUUCACCACGUUGGCCAGGCUGGUCUCAAACUCUGACCUCAGGUGAUCCACCCACCUUGGCCUCCCAGAGUGUAGGGGUUACAGGUGUGAGCCACCACUCUCAGCCUAGGCUGACCUUUAAAUAAAGAAGUGACAGGGUUAAAUGUUCAUUUUAGAAAGAUGGAGGCAUCAGCUGGGAGGACUGAUUAGAGCUGCUUGAUUAUGAAAAGGUGGUGUGUUUGGAAGGCAUUUCGGUAACUCAAUUGAGAAUGAGGAAGGAUUGUUGUAAGGCCGAAAGAAAGGUGCAAAGGUAAUGCAUUUGAGACAUAAGGAAGGUUGUUUCGACAGCUCUCAGUGCUGACUAGACGUGGGAAAAAAACUUGUCAUGGUGGGAAGGAAGGACAUAGAGCUGAACCCUCAGCUCUCUGUGAGGUGGUGGGGAGUGGGAGCCAGGUGGCAGCGCGUAGAGAAUGAAUAGGAAGCAAAGAAGUGAAAAGCAAGUAAAGCUCUCUAGAAAAUGUUUAGCUCUCGAUAAAGGAAAGACAGGAUAAAAAGAGAGGGCAUAGGAGAAGGAAGGGCUUAACAUAAGGGGAUUUAAAAAAUAUAUAUUUUGAGUAGAAAAAAAUAAAUUGAGAACCUAAAGGUGAGGGAAAGGGAUAACUGAUGAUUUUGAUAUCCUCAAGAAAAAAGAGGGAGAGGCAUAACUUACAGGAAUUAAUAUGUAACUGUAGGGAUGAAUCUUUAUAGAAAGGGAACGCUCUUCCUCCCUGCCUGCCCCUGCUUUUUUCUUUUUUGAGUAGGAGUCUCGUCCUGUCACCCAGGCUGAAGUGCAAUGGCACGAUUUCAGUUCACUGCAAUCUCCGCCUCCCGGGUUGAAAUGAUUCUCCUGCCUCAGCCUCCAGAGUAGCUGGGAUUACAGGUUCCUGCAACCACGCCCAGCUAAUUUUUGUAUUUGUAGUAGAGAUAGGGUUUGACCAUGUUGGCCAGGCUGGUCUCAAACUCCUGACCUCAGGUGAUCCACCUGCUUCAGCCUCCCAAAGUGCUGGGAUUACAGGCAUGAGCCACCAUGCCCAGACUUUUCCUCCACUUUUAAUAAAAUGUUACCUUCUUCCUUCUCAGAGGGUUGCUUCUGUUUUUCAGUUCUUUUAAACACAUAUUCAGAGACUAUGUGACAUCUAUGUCAACCUUUAUGGGCUAAUUCUCAAGUUGGUAGUGUUUAUUAUGUUAAAGGUAAUUGCUUAAAGUCUACUUCCUGUAACUUGGAAUGAUGAUUUUUUGAUCCUACUCAACUCUAUUUUGGGUUAUCAUGCCAUAUCAUUGGGCUAAUCUCGUAAGUACCUGUAUCAGUCAGGGUUUUCCAGAGAAACAGAACCAAUGGUGUGUGUGUGUGUAUGCACAGGCACACAAGAGCUGGGAGAGGUGUUUAGGCUUAAAGUAAGUUUAGAGAUGUUUUAUUUUGGCUCCAGUGAUUGUGGAAGUUGGCAAAUCCAAAUGCAGCAGGGUGGGCCAACAGGGCAGAGACCCUGGGAGGAACUGAUGUUGCAGCUUGAGCCUGAAGGCAGUUUGCAGGCAGAAUUCUCUCUUCCUGGGGGAACGUCAGUCUUUCUCUUAAAACCUUCAACAGAUUGAAUGAGGCCUACCACAUUAUGGAGGAUAAUCAUUUUUAUUCAAAGUCUACUGACUUAAAUAUUAACUCACAUAAGAAAUAUCUGCACAGCAUCAUCCAGAUUGGUGUUUGACCAAAUAUCAGAGUACUAUAGCCUAGCCAAGUUGACACAAAAUUAACCAUCACAGGCUAGGCCUGGUGGCUCACGCUUAUAAUUCCAAUGCUUUGGGAAGCUGAGGCAGGAAGAUCCUGUAAGUCCCAGAGUUCAAGACCAGCCUGGGCAACAGAGACCCUGUCUCUACAAAAAAUAAAUUUUUUUUUUUAAUUAUCUGGGUGUGUUGGUGCAUGCCUGUAGUCCCAAGUACUUGGGAGGCUGAGACAGGAGGAUCACUUGAGGCCAGAAGUAUGAGGUUACUGUGAGGUAUGAUCAUGCCACUGUACUCCAGGCUCGGUGACAAAGUAAGACCUUGUCUCUUAACAACAACAAAAAAAAUCUAACCAUCACAGUACCCCUCCCUCUCAUCCACUGUGAGGAUUAAAUCCGGGUAACAUACAAAAAACACCCAACAGAAUGGUCCAGGAACUAGGGAACCAAAAAGCACUGUGGUGUGCACAUGUUUUUAAAUCCUUUUAUCAAUGGCAUAAUUUUAAAGCUGUUUUUACCCGAGUGCGCAUUAGGGGAACCAACCUUGGAGAGCUGAGCAUGCCGGAAAAGGAAAAAAAAAAAGGCUUCUGGGAAAAAUACUUGAAAUUUUCAUUUAUCAGAAAGGAUUUUGAAAUAUCUACUGUAAUUUUCUCCAUGGUCUUUAAGAUAACAUAACUUAGUAUGGCUUAUGUUGGUACCAACAGUUGCAUUCAAUGGCAUAUUUUUUCCUGAGACCAGACAUAUCAGUGGACAUCGUCCCUUUUCAGAGCAAAUAUUUUACAAUACCCCCUUUAUUACCCUAAAAUGAAAUUUACAAAUGUACUCAAUUUAUAUCAAACCAAUAUAGUACUCUAUUGUAAUUUAAAAUAAAUGUAAAAGUAAUUUAUAAUACUACUUUAAUCCAUAACUAUUGGGGCACUAGAUUAGAAAAUACAAUGAAGUAGACAGAUGAAGUAAGCAUCCAUAUACAGAGUCUUCAUGAAUGCAGUAGCUAUGAGUGAAGGCCAAUAGAGAUGUGCAGCAUUGGUGACUCAAAUUCCAUGGGUACCAUAGAUGUUGGUAACAUAGUUUUCCAAAAGUAUGUCAAUUCUUGGUAAAGACCAAGUGACCACUUCUUGUUAACAUUCUAAACCUUACAAAGUAAAAAUCUUCCCUCAAUUUAUACAACAGCUGCAUUCCUGGAGAAUGUAUUAUGUACUAAAAUCAUGUUAAAAAUACAUUGUAUUAUGUACAGGAGAAUUAUCAGACUAUAUAUGGGUUUUCUUAGCCACAUAAAUGUCCAGCAGGACAUUGAAGGGUUACACAAGAGGUGGGACAAUUCCUCGUCCUGUGGGCUGUCUCUCGUGGUCCAGGACAUUUUGCCUGUCAUCUGAGCUCCCACCUUCUCUGUGCCAGUAAUCCUAACCUGUCAU